AUGUCAUGUUCCCUGUUUGUGGCAGAAGUUCGCGGUUCGAGAAGAUGCUCAGUUUGCAGAUGCGACAUAUCCGCACAUGAGCCAGCUGCCAUAUAUGUCCAACCAGAACGAAUAUUCUCGAAUAUUCCUCCAAUCGCAACGUCUUCAAGUGGAACUAACAACAAUAACAGUAUCAAUAAUUUUAGUAGAAGGAUGUCCAACACCCCAAGGAGUCACACAACCACAAUUAUCAAUAAUAACAGUAACAGCAGCGUACUUCCGAUGUCCGAGCAUUCAGCAUUCAGUCCGUACGCAAGACCAGCAUCUCUUACAUCAACAUUGGACCCAAAACAAUUUCAUCAAACCCCACACGUGGUCCUUCGUCCGGAACCCCGAUUGGCCCUUCCACCUCUUCUUCAACGUCAAGAAGGAUCGGACUCGAACAUCUCGAAGAAGAUCAGGAGCAAACGACGCGAACGUCCUAGAAGUGUCGGUUUACUCGAUCUGGGCGUCGCUAGUCUAACCUACAACGAUUCAGAAGGACACGACAACGAGGACAAAGUAAGUUCUUUUUCUGUUCAUGAGUAA